AUGAAAGCUGGUCUCAGGGGUACAAAGUAUUUCCCUUUUAUCUACCUUCUUCUCUUUGGGAAAAGGUGUCCAAGAAAUACAGAACUACAAAAUCUAACAGCCGAUUCCGAAUUCGUACUCCUGAGCCUCUCAGAAGAUCCAGAACUGAAGCCCGUCAUCUUUGGACUGUUCCUGUUCCUGUACCUGAUCACAGUGCUUGGGAACCUGCUCAUCAUCCUGACUGUCAUCUCGGACUCCCAUCUCCACACCCCCAUGUACUUCUUCCUCUGUAACCUGUCGUUUGCUGACAUCUGUUUUGUCUCCACCACAGUCCCAAAGUUGAUUUUAGACAUCGAAAAUCACAGCAGAGCCAUCUCCCAUGUGGGCUGCUUGACACAGAUGUCCCUUUUUAUGUUCUUUGGCUGUAUAGAUGACAUGCUUCUAACUGUAAUGGCUUAUGACCGCUUUGUGUCCAUUUGUCACCCCCUGCAUUACACGGUCAUUAUGAAUCAUCGCCUCUGUGUCCUUUUAAUUUUAGUUUCUAUUUUGUUUAGUGUUGUGAACUCCCAGGCACACAACUUCAUUGCUUUGCAAAUUACCUACUUCAAAGUUGUGGAAAUAUCCAAUUUCUACUGUGACCCUGCAGAACUCCUUAACCUUGCCUGUUCUGAUACCUCAUCUAUUAAUGUUUCCAGGUAUAUCCUUGCCACCAUAUAUGGCAUUUUUCCCAUUUUGGGGAUCCUGUUCUCUUAUUAUAAAAUAGUUUCCGCCAUUCUGAAAAUCAGUGGAUCAGGAGCUAAGUACAAAACCUUCUCCACCUGUGGGUCUCACCUAUCAGUUGUUUGUUUAUUUUAUGGAACAGCCACUGGUGUGUACUUUGCAUCCUCUUUGUCACAUUCUCCCAGAAAUGGUUUGGUGGCAUCAGUUAUUUAUGCUGUGGUCACCCCUAUGCUGAAUCCCUUCAUCUACACCUUGAGGAAUAAGGACUUUAAAGACUCCCUGAAUAGACUGUGCCACAGACAUUCAAUCUCAUGA